ACUCUUCUAAUAAUUAGGACAAUCAUCCAUAAGUGUUUAGUAAUAAAAAAAAGUUUCCUAGAAUAUCUAAAUCGCAGUUUUUGUCUUGAAAUUAUUUUCGUGUUUACAUUGUGUCCAUAUUUAAAUUUUAAGAUGAUUUUUUAGAAAAAAAAACAAAGAUUUAUAUAUUUAAAAACACAAGUAUUUUUAAUUAAUUGUUCUAAAGCCGAAUGUUUUUUUAUUAUGAAAAUGUUAUUUAAAACUGAAAUAAUUUUUUGAUAAAUGAAAAUUUUUGCAAGAAAAAUAUCUGAGAUACUGAAAAAUUUAUUGAGAUUACAUGUUUAUGAACAUCUUAUAUUUAUUUUGUUCAUUUCGUUUGUUUUGAUUAAUACUACUUAUUAAAGAGGAAAGAUAAAUAUAAGAAAAAAUAAUAGAAAAAAAAUUCAACUUCAUAUACGUGGAUAUAUUUAUACAAAAAGAGAGAGACGGAGAGAGAGAGAGAGAAAUUAACAAUUUAGAAAGUGGAGAAAGAUUUCUUAUAAAUUGAUUAUAGUCUUUUCUUAGAUUUUGCUACUCAGUCGUACAUCCGUCAUUAACAAGGAAUGACAGUUAUCGUUACUCUUUUCAUUGUGGUUUUGUGCUACUGAAGAAAACUUGUGUAACGAUCUAUGAUAAGCAAUUAUAAAAAACAGUACUGAUUCGAUAAGUCAAACUCGUUUGUUGAUAAUGACAUCAUUCAAGAAAUUUGAAAAAUUAGAAGAAGUACUACAAUUGUUUUUGUUACCUAAUUAUAAUAUUGUCUCAACAACUUAUCUUGAUUUAUUAUUGACACAAAUUGCCGAUGACAAAACAGAACUUAGACAAAAUCAUCGACAGCUUUUUCUAUCAUGGAUCCCAAAAGCUUUGACAAUUUGGAAUUUAGAUCAAAAGCCAUGUCAAGCUGUUAUUUCAUUUACAAUUAAACUUGUGGGUUUAAUAGCACAAGAUGAAGAGUCAUUUAAAAUCUGGUAUUGUGACGAUGUUUAUAAUAAACUUUGCAACGUAUUUCGCUUACGUGAAAAUGACUUAUCAGCAUCUAUUAAAAUGGCAUAUACAUCAAUGCUGUGCAAUUUAAUUCAACAUUCAAGCGGUAGACAAUGGGUGAACGAAUCAGGUGUAUGGAGAGAUAUGAUAAGCUUUGCGCAUCUAAAUCACACGCUUUACGUAACAAGAGAGAGUCAAAAAUUUGUUUGGACACUUUUACUUUAUGAAUCAAAAAAUACAAAUUUUUGCAAAGAUAUUAUUAUUGCUGCUGUGUCACCCUUGACACAAAAUAUAUGCAAUGCACAAACUCAUGUGAUUUUGGAAGAAAAUUAUAUGAAUGAUAAUGCUCUUUUGUGCACUACUUUAGAUUUAUUGACCAGCAUUCUUGAAAAUACACUUUUUCACAGUUUGGACAAUACUAUUCCUUCAUUGAUUGAAGAGCUUGCUAAUUUAGAAACACGAUUAAGAGCUCUUUUUGAAGCUUGUAUCAGUACUCGUUUUUUACAGCAUAUACUCAAAUUAUUGCUUCUUUCAUUGUUUAAAAGAUUAAAGGAUGGAAUUAAAGCUCCAUUGGAGAAGGUUGAUGAUGAAGCUAAUGAAAAAUUUCGUUUUGGUCUUUGUUAUAUGAGCACGUUACUUCUCUCCAAGAAAUAUGUUCUUGACAUUGUCAGAAUGAAUAAAUACUCUUUCAUUUAUUGGAAAAAACUCAAAUCACUUUGUGAAUUUUCUUUAGGAUUGCCACAUAAAUUUGAACAUCAAGUUAUUUGUUUAAUGGUAAUGCCGUUGACCUCAACUUACGGAGCAAAACGUACAAUGCAUGACUUUUUUGAAAUAUAUAUUAACAAAAUGUUUGAAAUAACAUGUACUGCAAUUCAAAGAAUAUGUUACAAUGUGAGAGAUGUAAUAUUAAAAACUGAUCUUCCUUUGGAAUUAAUUUGCAAGUCAUCAAUUGAAAUGCUAAUGGAGAUUAUCAAUAUUAUGGACAGGGAUGUAGCAAUAAUUAUUUUUCAAACAAUGUGUUAUGUAUUAAAAAAUUAUGCUCCAGCAAUUGAAAAUUCAUCUGAUUGUUGUGUUAAAACUCAAGCUGAACGUCAGAAAAAAUCUUCUAUUAAAAUAUUACUUGAUGGAGAACCAAUAACUGAAAGACCAAUUUUACUCGGAGCACUUCUCGAUGGUCUCAUAACAAUGACGGAGAAAUUUAAAUUAAAAUGGCAAGAAUGUGUAGAGACAAUUUGUAUUUUGUCACUCGCUCAACAUAUUCUUGAUCACUCUGGAGUUUCACCAACGAUUUGCGUUAAAGCAUUAAAACUUUGUAAAUUAGCAAUUCAAAAUUUUAUGCCACCACAUUUGGCACUGCUUGUUGAUUCUGACAGUCAUAUGAAUUACAUUGGACCAACAUUGUUCAAAAGGCUUCAUAAUCCUAACUGGGAAGUUGUUGACAGUGUAUUUGAGGUUUUAAAUACCAUGGCUACAAUUUCUGAAGAUAAAUACCCAGCAUUUCAGGACUUUCUUCUGAAUCAUCAAUUCCUGCAAGUUGCUGCUUCUGUUUCCAUGAGUGACAGCGAAAGUUAUGUAAGAGCUUCAGCGCUAAUUUUCCUGGCAACAACAGUCAGAAUAGAAAAACUCUGGACCACUACAUUAUCUGAAUUGGAAUUACCAGAAAAAGCCAUUCACUUAAUUAAUCAAGAAAGUGAGGCAAUUGUACGAAGAGAGGCCGUGUCCCUUCUUACGGAAUUAUAUAUUCAUCGUCAAUGGCAAAAAGCAAGUAUUGAUGUUAUGACAAAUGCAAUGGCAACUGCAGCUGUUUUGGAUUUACAUUGGGAAGUAAAAGUGAAUGCACUUCAAUUUUGGAGACACUUUAUAAAAUCCCAUCUUACUGAUCAAGGAAUGCUUGAUGGAUCAUUUCCUAAUGUCACUUUUUCGAAAGAGCAUAGAAAAAUCGUACAACUUAACGAGACUGAAAUCAAACGAAGAGUUAAUAAAGCUCUAGACGAUUUGGCAAAACAAAAAUGCCUCGGGGUAAUUUUGCAAUGCUUGAAGGAUGACAGUGACUUUGAAGUGUGCAAAGAAACAGCGAAAAUUAUAAGUAGACUCAAAACUUUUUUGGUUAAAUAUAAAAUUAAUGAACCAUUUCCUGUGGUACAACUUCCAAAGGAUAGUGCAACUUUAGACACAACAUAUGUGAGGCCAGCGAAUUUUGAAAAUUGCAAUUCAGGAGAAACAAAAACUAAUUCUUCAAAUGUAAUUGAUGAUAUUGUCAGUAAAAACGAUACAAAUUUGUUGUCAGCAAUUUAUGAGAAUUCAAUGAAAAUGGAUGAUGAACAAAAUAAUGAAGAUGAAAAUGAAACACUAAAAACAAUAGCUAAUGUAACGAGACAAGAUUUUUUGAAUGUAAUCCUCGAAAAGGAUAUAAAUGCUUAUAUCGAGGAAAAAAGUUCUUGGCUUACAACAUAUACAAAUAGUUUUGAGUCAGUCCUCGAUGAUAUUUUAACACUCUAUGAACAUAAUGAUGUGAACUCAAUGGACUGUUACUAAUUUCUAUUUUUUUUUACAUACUCUUAUGUGCCUUUUAUAUUAUAAAUAAUGCACUCAUUUGUACCUAUAGAAAUUGUCUUACUUGUUUCUUUUUAAAAAUGAAUUAUACCAUUAUUUUUUCAA